GAAGAUAUUCCUUAGCAUUAGCUAGCAGGCUCCUGUUUGAGCAUGCCCUUGUGCUCAAAGCCGUGUCUAAAGCUGUUACGACAUUGCAUUGUAUACUAUACCUGAAUUGUUCUUCUGUCUUGCUUGAGAAGAGCUUUUGUCAUGUCCCUGGCAGCGGAGGCUUUCGUUGGGCAAAUAGCAGCUGCAGAACCGUGGCCGGAGAGCGCGACGCUUUACCAGCCGCUCAAUGAUGAACAGAUCCUUCUCUCAGACAAUGCCUCUUCUCUGGCUGUCCAGGCCUACCUGAAGAUGUGUGGUCUACCCGUGAGGGUGUCAUGUCGUGUUAAUGCAGAGUUCAUGUCCCCAUCAGGUAAAGUCCCCUUCAUCCACGUGGGAAACCAGGUGGUGUCUGAGCUGGGGCCUAUUGUCCAAUUUACCAAAGCAAAGGGCUUCUCCCUGAGUGAGGGGUUGGAUGAUGUCCAGAGGGCUGAGAUGAAGGCAUAUAUGGAGCUGGUGAACAACAUGCUUCUUACUGCGGAGCUUUAUAUCCAGUGGUGUGAUGACACAACAGCAGCCGAGAUUUCUCGGCCGCGGUACAGCAAUCCCUACUCCUGGCCCCUGAGCCACAUCCUGGCCUAUCAGAAGCAGUGGGAGGUGCGGCGGAAGAUGAGCGCCAUCGGCUGGGCAGGGAAGAGUCUGGAGCAGGUUUACGAGGAUGUGAGUCAGUGUUGUCAAGCACUUUCACAGAGACUUGGUACCCAGCUCUACUUCUUCAAUAAACAGCCCACGGAGUUGGACGCUCUUGUUUUCGGUCACAUCUUCACCAUCCUGACCACCCGGCUGACCAGCGACGAGCUCGCCGAACGGGUCAAGAGCUACAGCAACCUGCUGUCCUUCUGCAAGCGCAUCGAGCAGACCUUCUUCGAGGAGUCUGACCAAUCGUCAGGCUCCUCGCGUUUUUCUAAAGGCCCCUCCCUCACUUGAGGUUCCGCUCGGCCCGCUGCACAACGUUCCAAAAUAUCCUCAACCUUUCCAGCCGCCGCCUGCUCCAUCGCCUCCUCCUCCUCCUCCUCCCGCCCGGAAUGCCAUACACUGAAGUCCCACAAAGGCAACCAUAGCGCUUCUUUGUUGUAAAAAUGCUUGGAUGUAAACAGAUGUAAUUCUUUUAUUUGGUUGUUUUUUUUUUUCACUUGCUGUUAUCCUCCUCAUAUUGUAUUAUGUACAUGGAAAGUGCCUAUCAUUAUUAAAAGUACACAUCGCACCCGGAAA